GCUUUCCUGCGAGAACGAUGUUCUCAGGCUGGCUUCGGCGCCGGGCGAUGACGUCACCCCGGCGGCCCAAAGGCGGAAGUAGCCGGCGGGAGGGGAGGGUCAGAUGAUGGAAGCGGGUCCCUCGCCUUUGCCUUCCCCGCCUCGCGCGCGAGCCCCGGCGGCGGCGCACUGACGAGCCGGCGGCUCGAGGCUCCGUCCCUCCCCCCUCCCCGGCCCCUGGCGGGUGACGCAAAGGGGGAGGGGGAUGUAACGGCCCCGGCGCGAGGCGCCUCCGCCACAGAGGGGAGGUGGAGGGGUCGGGAUGGCGGCAGCGGGGGCUGCUGCGGCAGCGACGCCCGGAGGGGGCGGGCCUGGACCGGGGGCCCAAGAAGAAGAGGAGCACGAAGUCGUUCGCGUGAGGGUCAAGAAAUGCGAAGGCUUCUUGCAGCCCGAAUUCCGCACUUUUGCGGUGGACCCGCAGAUCACCUCGCUGGACGUGUUGCAGCACAUCCUCAUCAGAGCCUUCGAUCUCAACGGGAAGAAGAACUUUGGCAUCAGCUAUCUGGGCCGAGAUAAGCAGGGACAAGAAAUGUACCUCUCCCUGAUGUCAGACUGGGAUCUGAGUGUGGCCUUUGCCAAUGCCUCCAAGCCUUACCUGCAGCUCAAGAUAGACAUCAAGGCUUCUGAGGAUAGCCCCCUCCUGGAGGACUGGGACAUCAUCAGCCCCAAAGAUGUCAUCAGCACCGACCUGCUCCUGGUCGAAAAGCGGUCUCUAGCAGCGGCUGCUCUGCCCUUCACACAGUCGAUCCUCUCCCAGGUUGGCAGGACACUGUCCAAGGUCCAGCAGGCACUCAGCUGGUCUUAUGGGGAGGACGUCAAACCUUUCAAGCCUCCCCUGAGCGAUUCAGAGUUCCACACGUAUCUGAACCACGAAGGGCAGCUGACGAAGCCUGCCGAACUGCGUCUGCGAAUCUUCCACGGCGGAGUCGAACCCUCGCUGCGUAAGGUGGUUUGGAGGUACUUGCUCAACGUCUAUCCCGAUGGGUUGACAGGGCAGGAGCGAAUCGAUUACAUGAAGCGAAAGACGCGAGAGUACGAGCAGCUGAAGGGGGAGUGGAAAAUGCGGGCCAGCCCCGAGGACCUGGACUUCAUCCGCAGCAACGUGCUGAAGGACGUGCUGCGGACCGACCGCACCCACCCUUACUACGCCGGCUCCGACGACAACCCCCACCUGAGAGCCCUCCACGAGCUGCUGACCACCUACGCCGUGACGCACCCGCAGAUCUCCUACUGCCAGGGCAUGAGCGACAUCGCCUCCCCCAUCCUGGCCGUCAUGGACAACGAGGCGCACGCUUUCAUCUGCUUCUGCGGCAUCAUGAAACGCCUGGAGGGCAACUUCCAGGUGGACGGUGAAGUCAUGUCGGUCAAGUUCUCCCACCUGAAGCUGCUCCUCCGCCACUCGGACCCAGAGUUCUACUCCUACCUCCUCUCCCGAGGCGCCGACGACCUCUUCUUCUGCUAUCGCUGGCUGCUGUUGGAGCUCAAGCGCGAGUUUGCCUUCGAGGACGCCUUGCGCAUGCUGGAGGUCACCUGGAGCUCCUUUCCCCCUGACCCUCCCGAGAAGGAAGUGGAGCUGGUGGGCCCGCCGGCCAGGCCCGGGGACAGCAGCCAGCCCGUCCGGAGGAGACACAUGUUGCGCCCGGCUUGCAGCUUCGAGGCAGCCGGGGAUCAGCCUUGCCAGGGGGCCGUUUCCGAAGAGAAGCCGUUAGUCAAGCAGUCCAGCUUCAGAGAGUUCAAGUAUUACAGCGCCCACAACGAGGACAGUUCGGAGGACAACCCCUCCCUUAAAUCGCAGCACUCUGCAGAAGAGGACGAGGACUGCGGCAGCGAGCAGGACCACUUGAUCCAGAACCUCAACGUGGCCAAGUCCUUCUCCGCUCCGUCCCUCUGGGCUCCCACCUCACCCUCUCGGAACUCGGCCUCUUCCUCGACCAACAGCAACGAGGACAGCCUGUCCGAAGAGGAGAAGGGUGACUCGCCGGUCAACACCCCUCUGUCUCCUUCCUGCGGGCCCACCGCCUCCUCCCCCACCGCCGCUGUCAGCCUCCCCCCUCCGCAAGAGUUUGGCAGAGGCAACCCUUUUGUGCUCUUCCUGUGCCUGGCCAUCCUCCUGGAGCACCGGGACUACAUCAUCAAGAACGACAUGGACUAUAACGAGCUGGCCAUGCACUUUGACCGCCUGGUCCGCCGGCACAACCUGAACAAGGUCCUGCACCGGGCCAAAGCGCUCUUUGCCAACUAUCUGCAAUCCGAAGUCUGGGACUCCGAGGAGGGCGACGAGGCCGCGGCCGAAUCUCCUGCUGCGUCAUGACCCCUGCUCUCCUGCCGGGCGGGGACCGGUUCCCCGCUACCCUUAGGUGCAAGAAUUGACGUGGAAAGGUGAUCGAUGAGUAAUCCGGCUUGGCCUCAGUUCUUUGAGGGUGGUCUGAAGCGGCUCAGUCGGAUUGUUCCACUCAAUACACCUCCUGUGUCCGAUGUACUCUGGUUUUUAACUCUCACUUUUGUGGAGACAUCUUGUGUAGAGGCUCCCGUCUUUUCUUCUGUGCCUCCUCCCCUUUCAAGUACAAGCGAUCUUCUCGGGAAGAUCCGUUCCGGAGCAGCCAGGUUCCACAUCCCCUUCCCGAUGUUUCCUGUACCUUCCCCUCUCGCUCCGUUUGGAGUUCUCUUUAGAACACCAGUCAAAGAAUAACCCAGAUUGACUUCCAUUCCUUCUGGAACCUGGUGCUUUCCGUACAGGGCCGGUUUGCCCAAAGCAUUUUUCCCUCCGACGCUGCCUCUUUUGUUGUGGUUUUGUUUUCUCCAUAGCGUGUCAGUUUGUGCUUGACAGAAUCCCCAUAUUU